AUGGACGUCGCGCUGCUUGUCGGCGUGUUGAUCACAGCCGUGCUGCUCGCCAUCUUUCUCGAUCCUUUCAUGGAAGCCCGAGAGUUCUUCAGCAAGGGCUCCUUGGUCAGCCUAGUGGGCACGUGCAAGCGACUCGACCGAGCACUGGUGCUGGUGGACUGCGACUGCGGCGCAGAACUGCUGACGCCUUGCUGCAAGGAGCUCGGGCUCGAGUUCAGCGAGCCCCCCGCGGACACCGCCGCGAACACCGCGCUCACUUCCCCCGGAGGCUCCUACUCCGUGUCGCCCGCCAACAGCGACCGGCUCCAGGGCAUGAGGCUCCCCGGCCAAAGCGCCGCCCUCCACGAGGCCGAGAAGUCGCGGCUGCAAGCGCUCGCCGACCAGCUGAGAUCCCAGAGGGACCGCUGCGUCGUGCUGGGCGGCGUCUCAAGGGCAGGGCUGCAGCUCCUCUGCUGCGCGCUCGCCGACCACGGCAUGCCCCCGCUCUACGCCGCGGCCAACUUUUUUUUCCCGGAGGUGUACAUGAGGCUGGCCACCGCCAGCGUGGCUUCGCCUCGCCGGAGCCGCGGGGACCAGCAGAUCCUGCACCUGGAGCGCCUGAGCGAGGAUUCCGGGGCGUUCACGCCGAGCCCGGGCGGCAAGUGCAGCUACUCUGGGCGGGCGGACACGUACGGGAGCUAUUCACCCUCGGAAGCGAGCAUGCCACGCUACCCCAGCCUCGUCCCCAGCGUCGUCGGCCAGGCCAGCGGUUUCGCGAGCAUGGACAGCUGCGCGCUGCGACUGCCGACCCCGACGCGGGAUGCCUCGGCCGACUCGGGGGCGCUGGACGGCUCGCAGCGGGCUCCGGCCGACGCAGGAAGCACGGCCCAUUCGAGCGAGGUCGUGCUCCCGCCGGACUCGGCGAAGGCGCUGAGCCUCGGCACCAUCGGCGCCGAGACUCCCCCCCCGCGCCCCGCUCGCGCUCCCGUGGCGCUGCUGGUCGGCAUGGGCACCUUCGGUGUCCUGGCGGAGAGGUCCGACGCCGUCUUCGUCAGGGCGGACCUCGCUUGCCUGGCGCGGGCCCUGGAGCUCGCCGCCAAGGCUUGGCGCGUGGCUCCGCGGCCACUCGGCUGCUUCGAGCCGCCGAGAGCCUCUGCCGCACAUGUGGCGGUGGUGCUGGAGGCCGAGGCGCGGCCUCGGAAGCCCGCCCGCGCCGAAGGGCGCGCGGACGGGCCACCUGCUGCUCCCGAAGGCGGCUGCUGUUGCUGGCGCGGCGCGGUGGUCGAGGCGGCCAACGGCGAGCUCGCGGAGAAGAUCGCGCUGAUCGCAGCGUGGCUCUCGACGCCUCGAACUCGCGUGGCCAACUUUGUGCCCCACUCCGCGGCCCGGCCGAUCGGCCGCCUCCGCGCCUGGCUCGCCAAGGCCGUGGGGGCACCCAGCACCGAUGCAAAUGGCAUGGCAUCCAUGGAGCACCCUGCCCUGCCUGUCCCCCUCGUGGCGCAUGGCAUCCAAGGACCCCCGGAGGCGAUGGCGCCCGAGCUCUCCCUCGGCGUCGCCGGCAGGGCGGCCGCGAUGGGCGCACGGGCCGGCACCCCGGGCUCGGCCCAGGACCUCUCCUUCGGCGUCACGGGCAGGGCGGCCGCGGUGCAGCGGGCUGGCACCCCAGGCUCUGUCGGAGGCGCGAGAGCCCCCGGCUCCGCGGAGAGCGGCGUGUCGCGGUAUUCCCUGCUCGACAUGACGAAGGAGGGUGCGAGGCAGAACGGGCGCGCCAAGCAGUGGAACGAUGAGGUGGAGGACCUUUACCGCCUGCAGUUCUGUGGCUGGAGGGACGCCGCGGAGUACUCCACCGUGCACGGGGAGCCGAACAGGCACCCGGCUGACAAGAACGGCCCGGGCUACAUCUCGAAGAUACAGCUCAAGGCGAACGGGUACUUCACCUACUGGCGCAAGGAGAGGCAGUGCGACGACCGCCACGUGUUCAAGGUCCGACUCUUCCAGCCGCCAGCUUGA